GCGCCACCCGGAAGUACAGCAAACUCACUUUCUGGCCACGUGUUUGAGAAGUGAGCGGCGGAGGAGGCGGCCGAGUGUUCGGUAAAACCGUCAGUGGAGCGAGGUAGUAUAGUAGUAGAGGAUCCGAGCAGCUCAGCAAUCAUGGCAGUCCGGGCGUCUUUUGAAAACAACAAUGAGAUCGGUUGCUUCGCGAAACUGACGAACACGUACUGCCUGGUGGCCAUAGGGGGAUCCGAAAACUUUUACAGUGUGUUUGAAGGGGAACUUUCUGAGACCAUACCAGUUGUCCAUGCAUCAAUAGCUGGGUGUCGCAUUAUUGGUAGGAUGUGUGUAGGCAAUCGGAAUGGCCUUUUAGUUCCAAACAACACAACCGAUCAGGAGCUCCAACACAUUAGGAACAGUUUGCCAGACUCUGUUCGGAUUCAGAGAGUAGAGGAGCGUCUGUCAGCCUUAGGGAAUGUGAUCGCUUGUAAUGACUAUGUGGCACUUGUCCAUCCUGAUCUCGACAGGGAGACAGAAGAAAUCUUGGCAGAUUUCCUGAAAGUAGAAGUUUUCAGACAAACUGUUGCAGAUCAAGUUCUUGUUGGAAGUUACUGUGCAUUUAGUAAUCAGGGAGGCUUGGUACAUCCUAAAACAUCGAUAGAAGACCAGGAUGAAUUGUCUUCUCUACUACAGGUCCCCCUUGUGGCUGGCACAGUUAAUCGAGGCAGUGAGGUGAUUGCUUCAGGAAUGGUUGUCAAUGACUGGUGUGCAUUUUGUGGUCUGGAUACAACAAGCACAGAGCUCUCAGUAAUAGAAAGUGUAUUCAAGCUAAGUGAUGCUCAGCCAAGCACAAUUGCCACCAGCAUGAGAGACUCCCUCAUUGACAGUUUAACUUAAAUGGUUCCGCACAGAAGAGUUUCCAACUUAUUGACAGUCAGCUGCUCCUCUUGCUACAAUUACCAUAAGAUGAAGAGGACAUAUUUGCUAUAUAUUAGUCUAUACAUUGAGUUCUGAAAUAAAUUGCUAAAUAUCUACUUGUGCUAUGUUUUCAAGCAGAUUAAUUAACCAAUGCCUUUUCUCUGAACAAUAAAUACAUAUUUCUAA